ACACCCGUAACUCUCCGUCUCUCUGGGCUCUCGGAAUAUCGGGCGAGCCCUAGAUAUGCCAUUCUAAUUCUCUCCUCGGUCUCUCUUGGCUCUCGGAAUAUCAGGCGUGGCUUCAACCAGUCCUCAGUUGUAAAGAGAUAGGAUCAAUUUUGGAACGUUCUUCUCCAUUGUUCCUAUAAAAAGCUUUUCUUCGUCGGAAUUAAUCUAAAAAUUGGGGGAGAGGCAAAAGGAGGCACAUUCAUCACUUCUUGGAACCAAUUCCUGUGUAACAGCGAGUUCUAGUCAACCUCUUCAUCACAGUUGGAAGCAAAGCAAUGACUCGAAAACAGAAAAAAAGGGUCAAUUUUAUAGGGAAAAAACCCCGGCCACCAGGAGGCCAAGGAUUCAAUCGGCUCCUUCGUUGGCGCAUCGAGUCAAGCAAAAAUGAAUGCGCUUCCGUCGAUCGAUUAGCUGUCUAUCUUCGCUCCACCUACCCAGAAUAUACCCGCCACAAGCUCGAACCUUUCACAAAAGGGGUUCAACAAAUACUUGAACAAAUGGGUGAUCAUACUAAUAAAGAAUAUGAUGAUGAAAGGACCCCUCCGAGAAGAAAGAGGGCAAAGGAAGUUGAGGAAGCUGAAGAGAAAUUGCGACUCAUUGAAGAGAAGCAUAUUGGAAAGAGGACCGCGAGAAUUAAUGAUGAUUUUGAAAAUGGUGCUGGCUCGACAUCUUCAAUGACGUCAGCUGCUAGCGACGGUGCUUCGGAAUCUGAAUCAGAUAACUUAUCGGAGGAAGUUAUUUCGACUAAAGAUGCUAUUUAUGAGGAAAAAUUUGAACCCAAGUUUGAUUUGAUAAAGUCCUUGCUGCGUGACAAUUACAUUGAAAAAUCAAAGAAAAUGGGAAAAGAGGGAGAAAAUAAGGUGGUUGUUAAUAACAUGGACAAGGAGGUAAAUUUGAUGAACAAGGGGCAUAAAACUGGAAAUGAAUCUGAGUUGGUGAAAAUUAGAGGUGAUGGUUUAAUUAUGAUCAAUAACAAAAAUAAUUGCAUCAAGGAAAAUAACAUCGAUGGGCCAUUGUUCAAUGAUUUGGGGGGGAUGAGUGAAGUGUUGGAGGAGUUAAAAAAAGAUUUGAUUAUGCCAUUUUACAAUCCCUAUCUGCCACGAAACUUUGGUGUGAAACCGAUGUCAGGGAUCUUGUUGCAUGGCCCACCUGGGUGUGGGAAAACCAAGCUAGCCAAUGCCAUUGCCAAUGAGGCCGGCGUUCCCUUUUAUAGGAUCUGUGCUACUGAAUUGGUGUCUGGAAUUUCAGGUACAUCAGAAGAAAAUAUCAGAGAGCUAUUUUCUCAAGCCCACAGGACAGCACCAUCCAUUGUGUUCAUAGAUGAGAUUGAUGCGAUUGCUACUAAACGGGAUAUCUCUAAUAGGGUAAUGGAGCAACGUAUUGUCCUACAACUAAUGUCAUGCAUGGACGAGUCAUCAAGAAUUGUCAAACCCAUAAAUGGAAGUGGAACUGCUGAGAAUUAUGAUUGCAUGCCUUGGUAUGUACUCGUUAUUGGAGCAACAAAUAGGCUUGAUUCUAUUGAUCCUGCAUUGAGGAGGCCUGGACGGUUUGACCGUGAGAUUUACAUAGGUGUCCCGGACGAAAGUGCAAGGGUUGAUAUUUUGUCCGUUAUUUUUCAAAAUCUUAAAGUAGAAGGUGCUUUUGAUCUUCUGAAGAUAGCCAAGUCCACUGCAGGGUUCGUUGGAGCUGACUUGGCAGCACUUGUAAACAAGGCUGGCUAUCUAGCAAUGAAUCGGUUAAUAUGCCAUCUAAGGUCCGAGGUUUCUACAAAGUCUGUAGAAGGUGAGCAUGUUGAAGAAUGGUGGAGACAACGUUGGCCAGUUGAAGAAAUAAAAAAGUUCGGCAUCACAAUGGCUGAUAUUGAGGAAGCUGCUAAAACAGUUCAACCCUCCUUAACAAGAGAAGGAUUUUCAGCAAUUCCAAGCGUGAAAUGGGAGGAUGUUGGUGGUCUUCAAUCAAUCAGAGAUAUGUUUGAAUGGGAAAUAAUUCGGCGGAUUAAGAAUCCCAAAUGUUAUGAGGGAUUGGGGGCGGAUUUAGAGGCAGGAAUUUUGCUUUAUGGUCCUCCAGGCUGUGGGAAAACAUUAAUUGCCAAAGCAGUUGCUAGCGAAGCAGGAGCAAAUUUCAUUCAUAUUAAGGGCCCUGAACUUCUCAAUAAAUAUGUCGGUGAAAGUGAGUUAGCUGUUCGGACAUUAUUCAGCCGUGCAAGGACAUGUUCUCCGUGCAUUCUUUUUUUUGAUGAGGUGGAUGCUUUGACAACCAGACGCGGUCAAGAAGGGGGAGGGGUUGCUGAGCAGCUCUUGGGUCAGCUGCUGAUAGAGCUAGAUGGUGCAGAUCAGCGAAAGGGUGUUUAUGUAAUUGGUGCCACGAAUAGGCCUGAUGUCAUGGACCAUGCCCUUCUUCGACCAGGAAGAUUUGGGAUACCUCAAUAUGUCCCUCUUCCCAAUUCGUAUGAGCGUGGUUUAAUCUUGACAGCUCUUGGUAGGAAGAAGCGAAUAGAUGCCAAUGUGGACUUGAUGGCAAUUGGAAGUGAUAGUGCUUGUAAAAAUUUCAGUGGAGCCGACCUAUCUGCUUUGAUGAAUGUAGCUGCUAUGGAAGUUGUUAAGGACAACUGGAAUUCGAGGAACGAAAUUUCAGAUGCUACACCAUGGACCAUCAAAGAAAUACACUUCAAGCGGGCAUUAGAAAAAAUGUCUCCAUCUGUUUCGGAUGCACAAAUAAGACACUAUGAACUCUUGUCAAAAAGUUUCAAAGCUGCUUGAGGAUGGACCUGCUCGAGAAAUUUUGUGGUUUUGAAGAAGUCUUAAAAUGUUUUUGAUUUAGGAAUUUCAGUGAAUCUUCCAUUUUUACAUUCUUCUUGAUGAAGCUUUAGAAGUAAGUUUUAUUAAGGUUGUCCAGUGCAUUAUGUAUGUCGAAAAUAGUAACACUGCCUCAGUCAUCAACGGAUUGUUAUAUUUAUUUUAAAGUAUGUUAUGGACUAGUAAAGCUUACAUGUUUGCUAAGGGAUAUUGAUAUGUUUCAUGACUUUUAUCA